UGGCUCAGGGAGACAGUAGUUCAUAAGGUAGCAGGAUCUGCUCUGAGAAGAGCAUUUAGCACUCUGCACCAUGAAGGGGACGCUGCUUCUGCUGGCCUUGCUGGUGACCGGGGAGCUGGGCAUCCAGACAACGGAAGCAUGCACUCCUUUCUUCAGUGUCUUUACUGCAAUGGCCAUUGGAAACAAGGGAUUAAUGAAUGCCGUCCUUUCCCAUUAUAACCCUACUGCCCAGGAGAGGGAGGCUUUGGAAAAAAUCCAGGAAUGCUACAAUGAGGCAGGACUGAGGGGCAAAUUCCUGGAUUUCAAAGUUAUGGAAGCCAUCCUCUUCAGCCCACAAUGCCUGGGUUACUAUACCGAGAACACGAUGGACAAAAUCAAGACUUUCCUUUCCAAACUAACCUCUAUGUAAUAUGAUGACUGAUCUGGUGUCAUCUUGCUGCCCUGUCCUGUUUCCCUCCUGAAGUUGGAAUCCAGACACCUGUCCCCACCUUGUCCAGUCUGUUAAGCUGAUUAUAAUAAACACCUGCAGCUCUGC